AUGCCCGCCGUGUAGCCAUGGUUCAAUCAGCGAACUCUAAUUCAUCGCCUUGGGCUUGAUAUAAGAGAAGCCUUCGCUGACAGGUAUACUCGGGUUUCUUAGAUCCUCGCUCAUUAGGCUCAGACAUGGACAGACGAAUGUCCCACCGAAAUAUGUCAUGGCUCAAGGGUCUCUUAGCUCCAUUUUUCCUGACCGCUGCUUUCUUGCUCUUACUGCUGAUUUCGCUUUCUUCGCCCAUCAUCGGCAGUAUCUUUCUUUUCGGCUCACAGUUUCACAUUAACUCCCCAAUCUUGGCCGUCGGAGUAAGCGGUAGUGCUCGAUUCGGUCUGUCUGGUUAUUGCAUUACGGUCAACGAGUUCAGAGGUGUUUCUGUGCCAAUCGGUGUGACUGCUACACAAUGUCUUGCGAUGGGCAUUGGAUACACUAUGAGCCCUACAUAUCUUGGUAACGUCAUUGAGGAUGAUAGUCCUGGCAUGACUGUUGAGCUUUUCGCGGGACCUACGCUAAGCCGUCCUCUGUCCUCAUCACUGGUCUUGGUUCCGAUCGCUUGUGCAUUCACACUCCUAGCCCUUGUAUCAUCUCUACUUACCCUAAACCCCAAAGAGGGUGGUCCCUCUCGACUCCUUCGUGUUUUCACCGUCGGGAGUGUGGUGCUAUCAGCCCUUUUGGCGACGGCCGCUACAAUCGACGCGUUCGUUGUCGUCGCCAAAGUGAAUGAUAGUAUCGCAACUAGCUCUCAAAUUUACAUCUACUUUGGCAACGCGGUAUGUGACCUACAGCUCACUAUUAUGCCGUCAGCACUGACCUGCUUUCCCUCAUCAAGGUGUGGAUGGCUUUGGCUGCUGGCAUUGCUGCCUAUUGCGCGGUGGUUUCCGUGUUGGGCACCAUCUAUGGAUUCCGAAAGCGAGUCGAAGUGAAGGCAGAGGUCGACAAUUUCGAUGCGGCCAGUACCCACAGCACGAUCGUAGGGUCGCCUGCAAUCAGUCUGAAGAAGAUGAAGUCAAAUGAAAGUGUUUGAAAGUUACCACGUCGAUAUGAACCAAUAGAACUUCGCUCAACAUGAAGCGCGAUUUUUGCGAAGUUUGGACAUUUGUAUUAUUACCAUGUACUUUUUUCUGUCUUAACGUGAUCAACUUGAAUGACAUCCCACUUGUAGUCCAUGGCUCAUAUUUGAUAUGUUUGUUGCAUAUCUGAUGGCCCAACAAUGUAUUUGGUGGAAUACGGAAUGCAUAAUACUCAUGUUCUGGCCGAG